AUGUCGAAUUUGUACGGAGAUUACAAUCAGAAAAUUGAUUAUGUGUUCAAAGUGGUGUUAAUUGGAGACUCGGCAGUUGGAAAGACACAGCUGCUCGCGCGCUUUGCUAGAAAUGAAUUCAGUGUGGACUCGAAAGCCACAAUUGGGGUCGAAUUUCAGACGAAAACUCUUGUUCUCGAUCACAAGACGGUGAAGGCUCAGAUUUGGGACACUGCUGGCCAAGAAAGGUACAGAGCUGUCACGAGUGCAUACUACCGAGGCGCAGUUGGAGCAAUGCUGGUUUAUGACAUGACAAAGCGCCAAUCAUUUGAUCACAUGGCUAGGUGGUUGGAGGAAUUAAGGGGCCAUGCUGAUAAGAACAUUGUCAUUAUGCUCAUCGGCAACAAAUGCGACUUGGGAAGUCUCCGAGCAGUGCCAACUGAAGAUGCACAGGAGUUUGCUCAAAGAGAGAACCUAUUUUUUAUGGAGACAUCUGCUCUUGAAGCCACCAAUGUCGAAACCGCCUUCUUGAUGAUUUUAAUGGAGAUAUACCGGAUAAUGAGCAAGAAGACCCUUGCUUCCAAUGCUCAAGAUGGUGGAGAUUCAGGGUUUCUAAAGGGAACUGCGAUUAUCGUUCCUAGUCCAGAGUCGGAUGCCUCCAGGAAGGGGGGCUGCUGCUUUUCCUCCUAA